UAGUGUAUUCACUGGGAACAUCGGAGGGUGGUGAAGGGAGGAAUGCUCAUAGUAAUGGCUGGAAUGGAAUAGAUGGAACGGUAUCAAGCACUUGGAAACCAUGUUUUUGAUGCCGUUCCAUUAACUCCAGUUGGCAGGAAAGAUGGGAAAGCCACUGGAAAAGCCACUGGGAAAGAUUUAUAAAUGGGUCACAGACAGGCAAUUAUUGGGAAGCCAGAGGAAUGAAGAGGUUGUCUUGAAACUUUCCCCAUAGGCCUAGUUUCUCCUUGUGAUUGAUGUACUCCUACGUCAUUGGGUUAUCUGUGGUAGCUAUCCAUUAGUCUGCAAAUGGAGGAUGAAUCAUAAGUUCUAGAUGAUAAGGCAGUCAAGAGUUGCCAAAACCUCAGAGAACAGGGAAAUCAUGGUGCGUCAAUGGAUCCAGUACUUGCAAUAGACCAGAUUGGAGUUCAGAAUUGCAUUGUAAGAUGCAGUUCAAUUACAACUACUGUCCUAAACAUUGUGCAGUGUGCAUUGAAGUGUUUACAGAUAAAGCAUUAUUUUCCAUGAUGAUCUCUACUACAGAGAGUAUAUUUAUUUACAGAAUUUUGACCUGUACAGUAUCAAGCAGUAGAAAUACCAUACUCAAUCGUGCCAUUCAGGUAAUCAGAGAGAAAUCGCUAAGUUAAUUUGUGUGUCUGUAUUUAAGUCCAGAAAACUAAAUACAUGUAAGCCGAUUGUAAUUUUAUUUUUGAUUGAAGUAAAGCUAAAAUAUAACAUACAAUUGACAAAAUAAAUCAUGCAACACAACAUACACCACAGCAUAAAAUAGGGCUAUGAAGCACACCGAUCUCAAAGGACUGUCCCUUUCAUCAAAAGCUUUGUUACUCAUUGACGUCAUUUGCUAUAUAUGCCAAAGCUUUCAAAAGUCAAAGCUGACAUACUGUAUCAAGCCAUGUCCCAUGAUAAGAUAAUGCCAAAGUGUCAAUUACAAUGUAGCACAAAUUAGCUAUUCCCUAGAAAACCCCUAAGCUACAGAAAACCAAAGAAAUAAACUGACUCCAGAAAUUCUAAGCAAUAGCAAUCAUAACCUACAUCUUGGCCAUUGGUGGCUUUCGCUUCAUAUAUAUUCCUGGUUGUUUCUCAAGUUGGUCUUAAUUCAAACCAAUGACAACUGAUGGAAAAUGACUGGGAAAAGUAACAGGAAAAAGAGAAAGACAGGUUCUUGGCUUUUGAUAAAUGGCAGUCUUUGCGAGUAGGUUUCACGAUGGUACAGUGAACAUUAGUUAAUAAGUGAACUAUUUCAUGUUUCUUUAUCAAUACAUGUAGGCGUCUACUACUUGCCAGGCUUAUCAGUUUCUCUGUUGGCCUUGGGUACCCCCUCAAACUCACAGUUUGGCUGGUCAGUCGCAGCAACAGCAGGUGUACAUUUUCACACCAGAGACGCCUGCACACGAGCAACCAUAAGGCUCAUUAUAUUAAUUUAAGUUGGUCACAUCUUGUAUGUCAAAAUGAAUGUGAGGGGCAUUGGGCUGUGGAUGCUGUGUUACCUAGUGCUGACGGCUGCUAUGUACUUUGAUCUGGGUGAGCAGGAGGAGAAAUGCCUCAUCGAGGAGAUUCCAGGCGACAUGCUGGUCACAGGUUAUUUUCUUUUGGAGAAUUGGGAUGCAAAAAAUAACCUUAACUCCCCUCAUCUUGGCCUCACUAUCACUGUGCGAGAUCCAAACCAUGAUAUACUGAUGAAAAAAAGAUAUGGCAGAUUUGGAAAAUUCACAUUCACAUCCCACGCUUCUGGCCCACAUUGGUUGUGCAUGCAGUCCAACUCAACAAGGUUUUCAGUUUUCGCCGGUGAAAGGCUGAGGAUUCAUUUUGAUGUUCAGAUGGGAGAGCACUCCAUUGACCCCAGUGUUGAGAGACACAAAGACACAGUCCAGACCAUGGAGUACAGCCUGGAGCACCUGAGGGACCAGAUCCUAUACAUCACCAGGCAGCAAGACUUCCAGAGGGAAAGAGAGGAGACUUUCCGUCAGAUCAGUGAAGAAACCAAUGGGAAAGUUUUGUGGUGGGCUGUUGUGCAGACUUCCGUUCUACUAUCAGUUGGAUUUUGGCAAAUCAAAAGACUGAAAGACUUCUUGAUUGCAAAGAAGUUGGUUUGAUAUGCUUGGCUUUAGGGCAGGAUUUAUAUAUUGCAGUACAAUGCAAAGUGGCUACUAGAGUCAACGGCUAUUCCAAAACUAGACUUACAUCAAGUGCUGAUGCAUCUAUUUUACUGUACAUUCUUCUUGAGACAAUGUAUGGAUUAAUAAAAAUGUGCUUUGUUUAAUCUUA